CGGGUUUUGAGCUGCGCGCCUUUGCGGUCAACGCGCAUUGGCCGUUUCCCCGCUCUAUUUUCUCUCUCUUUCUCCCCUCUCUGUCUCUGCGCGCGCGCUGUUCUUAUCGACUUUCACUCUUUCCGCAAGACUUAUUGACGAUACUUAUGGGGUGACCCGUGUCUCACUAAUGUGUACUCUACUGAAGCCGUCCUCUCCUUUCUCCUCCGCCAAUAAUGUCGAUCGGUGAUAAAGCCGAGCGGAAUGCGAUGAUGACAUUCAUGCCAAUACUGUCCUCCAAACCCCGCUCACCUCUCUGCGUUGCUUUGUGGCCAGUAACCCGGGAUCAUCGUCUUCCGUUUCGAUAUACAUCUAUCUUUCAUUCUAUUUGAAUCGUUGCCCCAUUUCGACUGACGAUGGCCCAAGCGACUGCUGGUACCCAUCGCCACGGACAUUACUGGAACAAGAUCGGAAAUUUGAGACCUUGCUGACUAACCCACACUGUGGCAGACUCGUGAGUCCACCAUGGCUCCUACAUCAUCCUUCAUCUUCGUGUCGGUUAUAAGAAAGAUUUUGGUUGAUCCAGCUCAGCGAUAGCGAUCUCUUUGUUCCACCCCACUACUUCCGUGAUCAUACAGAGCCUACCAGACUACGCCGGGUGUUCGGGUGUGCGGGUCAAGAUACAGCUCACCAUGAGCUGUUAUGGGAUCGGUUCACGCAGUUUUCGCCAUGUGGAACGAAAAUGUGGGUAUAUUAUGGCCUCUUCGAACAAGUGCUGGCUGAGGACAUGGUGAGUGCCACGGGCGAAAGCACGUGUAGCACCGACAAGCGGAUAUUAAGAGAGGCAUGGGA